AUGAUCAUCGAUUACAUAAAUACAAAGAUUAAAAGAAGGUCCCAUUCUACAAGUACUGGACAAACUGGACAGGAUUCAAUGUAUGAUCUCAAAAUGCUUCAAUCACGUGAAUUUAAUGACUCGUAUGCUCAUAGUGUGAAUUUGCAUUUAAUCUAUUUAGCUCUGGUGUCUCGACAGUUUGUGGAAAUGACAAAGGCAAGAAUCGAAGGAUUAAUAGCAACAUUUCCAAAGCUUCUUGGGACAGGUAAACAACAUACAUUUGUGGAAACAGAAUCUGUGCGGUAUGUUUACCAACCUUUGGAAAAAUUGUAUGUUCUUCUGAUAACUACCAAAGCUAGCAAUAUACUCGAAGAUUUGGAGACAUUACGGCUCUUUGCACGUGUGAUACCGGAGUAUGCUUGUGGUACCGAUGAAAACGAUGUACUGACACAUGCUUUCCAACUUAUUUUCGCAUUUGAUGAAAUCAUAGCUCUAGGCUAUAGAGAAGAUGUCAACCUGUCACAAAUUCGAACAUAUACGGAAAUGGACUCACACGAUGAACGAGUGUUCCGUGCUGUACAGGAGAACAAAGAACGUGAUGCUAAAGAGCAAAUGAAACAGAGAGCACGUGAGCUACAACAAGCCCGACUAGAAGCUGGAAAACGCUCAGGUGGUAUGAAUCUUUCAGGAUUCUCUAAUUAUCGUGGUGGGAAAGGAAUGGGUGGCCUGUCAAAUGAUUUAAAUGAACCUCGUGUAAUCGUCAUGAAAGAUCGUUUGGGAGAUGGGAAUACGGAUGUUCAAAGUUUGCCUACUACAAAUUCAGCAACUAUCUUAGCAUCAGUGAAACGAAGUGGUAUGCAACUUGGUGGUGGCCAGGGUGGUUUAAAAAGCAUUGAUCAGUUUGUGAAUCGUCUAAAAGCCGAAGGUGAAGUGGUCAAUGAAGAUGUUAUGAAUUUAGUUAGCGGAUCAGACGGAGCAGAUAAAGUAACGAGUACUAAUCCAACUUCUGCUUCAACUCAAAAAUCUCAUGUUAAAAAAGAAAAUCUGCAUUUACGAAUUGAGGAGAAGUUAAUCGUUCAAGCUGGUCGUGAUGGUGGUUUAGAAAGUAUGGAGUUGCAAGGUACAAUGUUUGCACAAGCUAUCACAAAUGAAGCUUGUGAAGCGAAAAUCCGAGUGGAUACAAGUAUGUGUACAAAUCCGCCCAAUGAACAUCGGCCACCUGUUCAACUUCAAACACAUCCUAAUAUUGAUAAGAAAACUUUCAUGUCCACUGGUUGGAUUCAAAUCAAACCAGGAGGUAAACCAUUUCCAAAUGGUCAAGAAGUUGGUAUAUUAAGAUGGAGAUUUCAAACUUCCGAUGAAGCUGCUCUUCCUAUAACUGUUAAUUGUUGGCCAAAUGAAAUACCCGGUGGCUUUGAAGUAAAUGUUGAAUAUGAACUACAAGAUUCUGUAUUAGAACUGGAGAAUUUAGUUAUGUCAAUCCCAUUGCCUUCUUCAGCUAAACCUCCGUUAAUUGGUAAUUGUGAUGGGGAAUAUGAAUUGAGUCCACGUAAAACUCAAUUAGACUGGCGUAUACCCAUAGUUAACAGUGAUAAUUCAUCUGGUUCCCUCGAGUUCACAUUAAAAACAGAACGUGGUGCACAAGCAGAACAAUUUUUCCCGUUGAAAUUAAACUUUGGAUCAAAUAAAUCAUACUGUGGAAUUCAGAUAAUAGAAGCUACUGUAAGCAAUCAGGACACCCCGAUCAACUUUUCAUAUGAAUCCAAUUUUCAUACGGAAAAAUACGAAAUUAGUUAA